CGCACAUCUACAAACAUGAGUUCGGCUCUUCUGGAUCGACCCGUCCAAUUACGACACGAUGAUGGCGAUGGAGACGAUUUCGAUGAGGAGGCUUCUGUCCAGAACAACAGCGAGGUAGAUCAGUCUGCGGACAGUGAUUCUGGCGCGACUGGCUCAGAAUCUAUCGACGAGGACGACGAUUCAAGCUCCGAGCCCGAAGAAGAUUCCGCACUGAAAGAUAUCAGCUUCGGGGUUCUGGCUAAAGCCCAAGAAACCUUCGACCCUCGGCAACGCAAAAGGAAGUACGAGGAGGCUACUCAAGACGCAAUAGCCGACACAGGAAAGAAUGAAGAAGACAAUUUCGAUACCCGGAAAAGAUCCAAAGAAGCACGAAUCGACGCACCCAAGAGAUCUUCUAAACAUGCCCCUGUGAUUGAAUCUGCGCGCAAGCCUGUGUCGCGGAAAAGAACAAUUUUCGAGCCGCCUGCAGCGCAGAAAUUCCGAGAUCCCCGAUUUGACCCUACAGUGAUGUCGGCGAACAGAGAUAGGAAUACUGCUGAAAAAGUGAAUAAGAAUUAUGCAUUCUUGACACAGUAUCAGGCAGCGGAGAUCCUGGAUUUGAAGACGCAGAUCAAAAAGGCCAAAGAUCCAAAUGUUGUGGCUGACCUCAAACGAAAAGUCAUGUCGCUAGAGUCCAAGGUGCGCAAUGCUGAGAUGCGACAGAAAGAGGAAGCCAUCAAGAGGAGGCACAACCAGCAGGAGAAAGAAGCCCUUCGCACUGGACAGAAGGCCAAACCCUACUACUUGAAAGAAGCCGAUGUCAGGAAAUUAGCCAAAGAAGAGCGUCUGCAGAGUCUGGGCAAACGGGCCAGAGACAAAGCCGAGAAGAGAAGACAAAAGCGUGAAAAGGGUAAAGAUGCGAGGGACAUGCCACGAUUUAGGCGUGAAGGAUGAUGAGAUUUGGGUAUCUGCCACUCAACUUGUCCUACACAUUAACCAAGCGCGCUGGUGACUGAAUGAGAUAUGUUGCUACAUGCUCCCAAAGUACCAUGUUGGACCGAUGCAUGUUCACUUAUUUGAUUCUACGACUUCAUCUCCAUGUCAACGACCAGCUUUCCACCGACACCUCGAUGAUAAUCUUCCACCAGCUCAUUCAACUUCUCCAGGGGAUAUGUCCUGGUCUUUGCUCGGACGCCGUACUUAGCGGCAAAGUCCACCAUAGCCUGCAGCUGGUGAUUGCGCCCGGUCAAUACGCCAACAAGCUUGAUAUGUCUAAAGACCAAGUCUCCAGGCUUGAAACGCCAACCAUCCUUGGGGAAGCUCACACACACACAUGUCCCGUGGCUCUUCAAGACACUCAUACCGAAGUCGAACGCGGCCUGUGACUCUGGCAGGAUCACACUGGAUUCGCAGCCCUUUUGAUUGUCGAGCCCCGGUGAUGCGGCUCCGAAGAUGCGUCGUUUCGCGUCCUCCACAUUCUCCUUUAACGCAUCGACAGGGAUAACAUUCUUGCCGUCCUCACCGAGUUCUUUGAUCACGCCGUCCAACAUGGCCAUAGCUGGCGUUGUGUCCACGGCCAGAACCUUCCAGCCGAGUCUCGCAGCAAAUUGCACACCUAAAUGUCCCAAGCCGCCACCAGCUCCGAGGAUUGCGACAGCCUUGUCUCCCUUACCCCUGUCGCCUCCUUCCAUGUUCAAUCCCGCUGCUCCCAGCGCGUUCCAAACCGUGACGCCUGCACACAUGAGAGGGGCGAUGUCUACGGCUUUCAUGGCUCCGCCACUCGGCACGCGCGCGACUUGCCUCACGUCAACGAGGCAAUAAUCUUGGAAACCUCCGUCCCUCGUCAACCCGAGGUUAGACCCCUUUGGGCACCAGACUCCGUACCCUGGAAGAUCACCGCCAUUGUCCACGCACUCUUCGCAGGUUCCGCACGGGCCGAACGCACGACCUGGAACGCCGACCAGAUCUCCCUGCGAUAUCCCCUUGGUUUUCGCCACGGACUUGGCAUCGUCGCCCAACGCCUCGACGAUUCCGGCAAACUCGUGCGAUCCUACCCGAGGAAGACCCUGUUGCAUGGCGCCCGCAACGAAGACGGCGUCUGUGUGGCAGUACGACGCGGCCGUGACGCGGAUGAGCAUUUCAUGACCCUUUGGAGGUGCAGGCCGAGCGAAGUCUGUCUUGAGCGUGUAGGGUUGAUUGAAGGCCUCGAGGACUUGUGCACGCAUUGUGCCUGUGGUUGUUGUCGUUGUCGUGCUCGACAUUGUCCUGGCGCUUGUCCUUGAAUUCCGACUCUGUCCGGUAUGGUGUUGGUAUCGGAAUCGCGCGGUACGAAUCCCGAGUUCGAUAGAACGGCAGUCUCGAAGACCAAUACGAUUGAAAGUGCCUAGUACCGGCGUCGAGAGCGUGGGGCGCCUCCCCUGUGCGGCGAGCAGCGAAGUGAAUAGAGCAAUGUUGAAGUUGAAGUGUUGCUCGGGUUCGUGCUUGUGCUUGCCGAGUUUAGUUUUCGUCGACUUCUUCUUCGCGUCGUACUCUGAACCCGAAACCACCUUUUUCAGUGAAAUACGAAACGGGAACAGGAUCAAUUGAGAACCUCGAAACCCACAACAUCGUGGUUUACCGGCAACGGUGGUGGUGGAGAGAAAGGUGAAAUUUGGAGAAAGCCCUCUUUGCACCCGCCAGCCUCGCUUCCUUCUCCAACUCGAAGAAUUGGGGCAAGAGGAACUUCAGUAACGAGUACGGAAUACUAACACCUACAAAGGUUCGCGAGGUACGGACUAAACACGUGCGAGGUAUUGUCCGUAACUACUACACAUGACAUGACAAGCAUCCUGUGCGAGCCCCCGGAAUUGGAAAAAAAAGCAACCCACUCGACAUUGUUGUUUCAUAAGACGGUACUCCGUAUGAUCCGACACAACAAAGUGCGUACUCGUGUACUCUUGAUGUAUUAAUAGUACAUGCCUGUCGAGGUCUACACGUUACCAACAACGUCAAACUUGUUGAUGGCAUGGCGGCUCCCAAGACCGUCAAGCCGCAGAGUAUACUCCGUAUGGAUUAUACAAUAAACAUAACAAAGGAAAAUGAAGCGAGCAUUUCACAAGCAAAUCAAUGCUUUUUGGAAUUUUCUCUGCAAUCCUACGAGUACCCUACCCCUGUUGUAGGAGUAGCCUCAUCAUCUUGACAGGAACAUACACACAUGAGGCCAUCAUCCAACACCAACAACAGAGUCCUACCAAUAAAAUCCUGCAACUCUUGGUGCCGUAACCCAAAGACGUCGCUUGACAACCCAAACCAAAAUCAAAUCCAAUGCAAAACCUCCCUCAGCCAUUCGUCGCUAAUCAUCUGUGAGUAUUAGAACUAGUCCCAGUCCAGCCAGUCCUUUUGUCAUUACAUGAUACUGCCCGUUCAAAGACAUCCAUCCCAUGUAGCAAAAUAUUCAGAUCCAG